AUGAUGCAGUCCACUCCGGAUGGAUGCAUGAGUAUUGCGGAACUAGCGAAUCAAUUGCGUCGCGAGAAGAUCUUCAUCAAUUCGGAAAGACAGCUGUUGCAGAAUCUCAAUGAAGAGUUGGAGAAGAGUGCUUUAGAAUUGCUGCAGCAGUCAUGGAUAUGUUCGCAACAGCGUCAAAACCUAUCAAACUUAAUAACAUCUAGGUGUGAAGUCGAUUCAAUAGGAGCAGUCCAGAGAGCCAGUCAACUCGAAGGAACCACCUUUAUAGAUGUUUAUAAAGUCCUUAAAUACAAAGAAGCACAAACUCUUGGUGAGCUACUAGGAUGGCUCCGGGACACUCCACAUUUGAUGGCUUUAUGCCUCCUCCUUGGAGAGGACCAGAUGCCUGUAUCACUCCCAUCUUCCCUCGUAGCUGGGUUGUAUGGGAGCUGCCGGUCUGCUCCAGAUCGUACAAGACUGUUGGCUGUCAUUCGGUCCUUGAUCAAGUAUCAGCUUGCACCAUCCAAUGAUCCAAGAAAAUUAUUUCGUACGAACAAGUGCGCCCUGUCGUCCAUUUAUGCAGUAUACCGGGACGGUCAUUCGCCAGCGAGACAGUUCCUGGUGGCAGCACUGCAGGGUCCCGUGAUGGCUGUUCUACAUGAGGACGAGUUCUUCCUGGAUGUCGACCCGGAUAAGGCGAUGGAGCGGUUCUCAGCGGCCGAUCGCCUCAAGAAGUUCGGUCAGCCGAACAGCGCUGAGUAUCAAACAAAGGUGGCCAGAUACCGCAAGUGGACUGUUCAAUCGCUGUAUAACCUCACCACCAAGUUUAUCAUCGCCCUCCGAGACUACUGGCCCAACUUUCCGACAACCAUUGCCUGGAUUGUGCAGCAGAUUGUUCAUCUAUUGAAGCAGCACUCCAGGAUUACGGAGCGAGAACUCCACGCGAUAUGCACAGACCUCGUGUUCAAUCACUUCAUCUGUCCAGCCAUAGUGAAUCCCGAGGCCCACGGCGUGGUGGAUAUCCCAGUUUCGUACAUCGCGCGCUUCAACUUGAUCCAAAUCGCUCAAAUCAUACAAAUGCUGUGCCUCGCCAAAUAUCAAGAGGUGGAGCCGAAGGUUCGCGAUCUAUACACGAAGUUCGAGCGCUCCUGUGUGUGGUCUCUAAUCGAAGCCGUGACCAGCCCGGCCUGUGGGCCUGCCGCGACCGCCCCCACACCGGAUGCCACUUUAAGGACCGAUGCACCUCAUAGGACUGUCCUAGCGCUCUUCACUCUUCAAGAUCUUCAUUCACUGAUAUCAUUCCUACGGCGUAUAUCCUCGAAGUUGAAUAACAACACGUCAAACGGUACAACUGAGGAACGACAAAAUGGCAGCGCGUCUUCAAACGAAGUUGCUAACUUUGGUGACAGCACUGAAGCAUCGAGUCUUGAUGUGUCGGAAGCGGAAAUGAAUGGUUUGGAUAGAAGUGACAGCACCGACGGUAGCGACGGUGCCGGUCGGCUCUCCGCCUUGCUGCAGACCUUGGAACCCAACUACCGAUCAAGACUGCACGAUCUCUUGAGAAAGCUCAAUAGUCUGCCCACAAUUAGGCCGUCACCGCCAGAGAGCAAAGAAUCCCCGGAAAACGGGCCAAGUCGACGUGGCAUUCUGAGCAAAGUGCCAAAACCAAGGUUACCAAGAUCUAACGGAUCUGAUGAGAAACAGGACAGUCACUUGGAACCACUUGAAGUCCUCCUCAUCAAACUAACUAAUAUUGAAGAACAAGAUUAUGUCGGUCUUGUACCUGAAUCAAAAGUUCUAGAAUGUUACUAUGGUGGUAGUGAUGCGGGGGACACUGAAGACGCCGCUGCCUUACCUCCGGGACCACCGACCCCAGUACAAAAGCGUACCAGGUUUUCGGUAUCUCACGAUGAAGUCUCACUGGGAAACACUUCGGACAACUUAGAAGCAGUUUCGGAAGCUGCGUCUAACCACAGCGUCACGUCCAGCCUCGAGUUGGAGACGGAAGACCAGAAUGACAAUUUGUCUGAUAUGGUAUCAGCGAAUGUAAGCGGAAGAGGAAGUCCUAACAUCUCCGGCAGAGAGACUCCCUCUUCCCAAGUGACAGACGGAGACGCGACAGGAGAAGCAGUUAGACGGCCUCCACCAAACGCAGCAGUCAGUCAAGCCACCAGCGCGGCUCAGGCGAAGCUUUUAAAGCAGACUCGUAACGAAAUCGAGGACAAGUUCUGCAAAUUUGAAAUUAAGAAACUGUUAGAAGGCGACGAGACCAUCAGCAUUAUGUCCGACACAUGGAGCACGGAUGUGCUGGCGUCCGACUCCGAGACCAUCGGCGACACUUGUGAUCACAAUGUCAACGCUAAUGCCCAAGGUGGUUCGACAACAAACAAUACAAACGCUCCGGACGUAUCUGAGACAGCGAGCGAGUCUGCCUGGAGUAUGGACGUGCUGGCUUCAGAUAGCGAUAGAAAUACAGAGGUGGAUACAGACGAUUGCGUUUCUGUCGCAGCCAGGUCGGACACGUCGUGGCCGCGACGACCGUCUGGGCAGGACGAUAUCAUAUUACGUGUUAACCAGAAUGGAAACGCAAAAAGACCAGAUACCAACAGUCCACGACAUACUGCGCGAGCAAAUCAUCCGUUUAGAUCUGGUGUGUACCUGAGUGCGACAGCGGCGCUAUCUCGUGGCGGAGAAUUAGAUCUUGCCUCGCAACCGCCGCACGCGCACUACCCUAUCGAGAAUCGGAAGAGCAUACUCGUUAAUGGAUACCCGGUGAUGACGUGUUACGCAGCAUCAGCUCCGGAGAGUCCGAGCACAGCGCCGGCUCAGCUCACUAGUGAUGUGUUCGACUACCCGACACCAAAUAACAACAAUGCAAUAUCAGAGAACACGACGGAGGAAGGCGAAGGUUCACACGCAGCAGCCAGCAGCGGCUCAGACGCGACCAGUCAGUGGGUGACUGACAGCUUUCCUCGACUAGACGGUAUACCCAACAAGUAUAAUAUGCCUUCAACCUCUAAGGGAUACGAGGAAAAUGAUCUUAUGGACAGGUCUCUAAACUCCAGCGAAAGUUCGUUCAACGCCCUCUCAGUGUCGCAGUACGGUGGCCGGUUCGAUUCGGGCAUAGACACUGAACGACCUGAAACUGAACCGAGGUCCGCUAUGGCAGAGCUGAUGACGCGUAUGGGCUCUGUGUCUGUCGGCUCUAACUCCAGAGUGGUCAAGUCCGAGAUGCGGACGAGUAUAGUCAGCAUCAGCUCGUCGAGGGUCGAAAGGCGACGGGAAACCAGCAACAUGUCACUGAGUACAUUGUCAGUGAACAGCGAGACAUCCGUUUCUGGAGCGAGUUCUAGCCAAGACGUGAACUCGGAGAACGUAACGGAGAGGAGAGUCAGCCCACCACCACUCAAAUUAUCCACCGGUGCCAUACCUAAGAGCAUCAGCUUUGAUGCCACUGCUGAGAAGUCGCAGAGGAGGCGUAUAAUUGGUGAAGAAGGUCUAGUGGGUAAUCUGGAUGAAUUGAAGAAUAAUGUUAAGCGUUCUGGGGGAAAUUUAUUGCACAAGAUCAAAAUGUUUCGCCAGAAAGGACGUUCCCAUCACAGCGCCGAUGUCAAAGUGGCCGAGGAGGAGGUGCGAAUCGAUGAAAGGAGUAGUGAGGGCGCUGGUGAGAGUUCCGAAGAGAUUUUGGCGAAAUAUCGUCGACAUCCUGAAAAGAAGCAGCGGCAGACCACGCGCCGACCUUCAGAUGUCCCCGAUACUGAACUAGACAGAUGUGAAGGUGUGGUCGACCUAAACGAGCCAGAAGUAUUCAACAACAUGAAGAGGAGGUUACGUAUAGUUCUAUCGAACACUGACUUCCAUAGCGUGGAAUACGUACCUAACCGAUGUACAAGCACAUCCCUAGCGGAGUGGGUGCGUGCUGGCAACUGUGCGGAGGCAGCAGCAACUGCUCGAGCGCUUUCCGCUGCCGGCGCACGCGCAACACGGCUCGCGGCAGCUCUAAGAGCUGAUUUAGCAGCCCGGAGGCCUUACGCAGCAUACCUCGCCUCUUGCAGAGCAGCGCUUGCUCACGCGCACCACGACCUGAGAGCACAAAUAAAAUUGGUCCGAACGGAAUGCGCGGAAUGUCUACGGUGCGCCAGCGCAGCUCGUGUGUUAGAGCAGUUGGAACGAGGCGCCUCGCUGCGGCGCUUGGCUAAACAUCAUCACGCACAAACAGCACAUCCAAUAAAUGUUAGUGAACUAAUGGAUGAAAAAGCAACACGACUGACAGCUAGUAUAAAGGCAAUAACGGCAGAAGUCAAAUCUGAUCCGUCGUGGGAAGGUGCUACAGCAACAGUUCUUGAGAGCGCCGAGGUAACAGUAGAACGCGCCGUCUUCGCCCGGCUUUACUUACAAGUCCUGUUCCCCAAUGGAGACGGAGACAUAGCGAGAGACCAAGUUCUAAGUGAGCAUAUGCGGCGCUUGUCUGCAUGCACGAACGCAGUACGUGCGGGUGUCUCUACUCGCCACCUCUGGGCUGCUCCCUUUCCACACGCCCAACUGUUGCUGCGACAUCUUCCCGUCUAUCGUACGCCACGUGAUAAGGUGUCGUGUAUAAUGCGUGUGGUGUCAUCUCUUAUGUCAGUUCUGUCGCUCACUGACGGAUCACCACCGGCCGCAGACGAUCUUACACCAGUCCUAGUACUAGUAAUACUCAAGGUUAAUCCACCAUCCCUCCUCUCAACCAUCGAGCUGGUGAAUGCGCUGGGCGGCACCAUCCUGACCGGCGAAGCUUUGUACUGGUGGACGCAGUUCUGCUCAGCUGUGGCCUACAUUAAGACUAUGGACUACGUUGGGAACAAUUCGAGCACAUAG